AGCGCCGGAGUGGACAUAGCGGCCAGGCAGUCUUCCUACGGUCCGAAUCAGUCAAACAGCGUUGCGGUGUCUGUCGCGGGUUUGGCGGCUGAAGUUAUGCAGCCCCGUGGCGAGCGGCCUGCGGGCAGGACGCAGAGUCCUGAGCACAGUAGCCCAGGGCCCGGGCCUGAGGCGCCACCGCCGCCCCAGCCGCCGGCCCCUGAGGCAGAGCGAGCUCGGCCCAGGCAGGCCCGGCCUGCAGCCCCGAUGGAAGGUGCGAUGCAGCUGUUGAGCAGAGAGGGUCACAGUGUGGCACACAACUCAAAGCGGCACUACCAUGAUGCUUUUGUGGCUAUGAGCCGCAUGCGGCAGCGUGGCCUCCUGUGUGACAUCGUCCUGCAUGUGGCCGCCAAGGAGAUCCGUGCUCAUAAGGUGGUGUUGGCCUCCUGUAGCCCCUACUUCCACGCCAUGUUCACAAAUGAGAUGAGUGAGAGCCGCCAGACACAUGUGACACUGCAUGACAUUGACCCGCAAGCCUUAGACCAGCUGGUGCAGUUUGCAUACACAGCUGAGAUUGUGGUGGGCGAGGGCAACGUUCAGACUCUGCUCCCAGCUGCCAGCCUUCUACAGUUGAAUGGUGUUCGAGAUGCCUGCUGCAAGUUCCUCCUGAGCCAGCUCGACCCUUCCAACUGCCUGGGCAUUCGAGGAUUUGCAGACACACACUCAUGCAGUGACCUGCUCAAGGCAGCACACAGGUACGUGCUGCAGCACUUCGUGGAUGUGGCCAAGACUGAGGAGUUCAUGCUGUUGCCACUGAAGCAGGUGCUGGAAUUGGUCUCUAGUGAUAGCCUGAACGUGCCCUCAGAGGAAGAUGUGUACCGUGCAGUCCUGAGCUGGGUCAAACAUGAUGUAGACACUCGGAGGCAGCAUGUACCAAGGCUGAUGAAGUGUGUACGGCUGCCUCUGCUGAGCCGAGACUUCCUAUUGGGCCACGUGGAUGCUGAAAGCCUUGUGAGGCAUCACCCUGACUGCAAGGAUCUGCUUAUUGAGGCCCUUAAGUUCCACCUGCUGCCUGAGCAGAGAGGUGUUCUGGGUACUAGCCGCACAAGACCCCGUCGAUGUGAGGGUGCUGGCCCUGUGCUCUUUGCUGUUGGUGGUGGGAGCCUGUUUGCGAUCCAUGGAGACUGUGAAGCGUAUGACACUCGGACUGACCGUUGGCAUGUGGUGGCCUCCAUGUCUACACGUCGGGCUCGUGUAGGAGUCGCUGCUGUCGGGAACCGACUGUAUGCUGUAGGCGGCUACGAUGGAACCUCAGACCUGGCUACGGUGGAGUCCUAUGACCCUGUGACAAACACAUGGCAGCCCGAGGUCUCCAUGGGCACAAGGCGAAGCUGCCUAGGUGUAGCUGCCCUGCAUGGGCUCCUGUAUGCAGCUGGUGGCUACGAUGGGGCUUCCUGCCUCAACAGGUAUGCUGAACGAUAUGACCCACUGACAGGAACAUGGACAUCCAUUGCUGCCAUGAGCACCCGGAGGCGAUAUGUGCGUGUGGCCACACUUGGAGCUUCGUGGGUAUAUUGCCUUCCCACAGAUGGGAACCUGUACGCCGUGGGUGGUUAUGACAGCUCAUCACACCUGGCCACCGUGGAGAAGUAUGAGCCCCAGGUGAAUUCAUGGACACCUGUAGCUUCCAUGCUGAGCCGGCGCAGCUCAGCAGGAGUAGCAGUACUGGAGGGUGCCCUGUAUGUCGCAGGGGGCAAUGAUGGCACAAGCUGCCUCAACUCAGUGGAGAGAUAUAGCACCAAGGCUGGUGCCUGGGAGAGUGUGGCACCCAUGAAUAUCCGCAGGAGCACACAUGACCUGGUGGCCAUGGACGGCUGGCUCUACGCUGUGGGGGGCAAUGAUGGCAGCUCCAGCCUCAACUCCAUAGAGAAGUACAACCCGAGAACCAACAAGUGGGUGGCAGCAUCCUGCAUGUUCACAAGACGCAGCAGUGUGGGUGUGGCAGUGCUGGAGCUGCUCAACUUCCCACCACCUUCCUCACCCACGCUGUCUGUGUCCUCUACCAGCCUCUGACACAUGUCAGACUGCACAGAGGCCCUGAAGCCUCCCACAUGCCUUAAACCCUACGGGGUGGCCCUACCACCUCUGUCUCCUCUACCAAGUGUUAGGGCAGAUCACAUACCCCACCAGAGAUUUCCUGUUCUUCUG